CGGGUGGACCGGGCCGGGCCGGAGAAGUUUUCGCUGCGGCUGCUGAGCGAGGGUGCGGGCCCCCGCAGGCGGUGCACGCCCGCUGCCAUGGCUUUCCGUAGGAGGACGAAAAGUUACCCGCUCUUCAGCCAGGAGUUCGUCAUCCACAACCAUGCAGACAUCGUCUUCUGCCUGGUGCUCUGCGUCCUCAUCGGGCUUAUGUUCGAGGUCACAGCCAAGACUGCCUUCCUAUUUAUUUUACCUCAGUAUAACAUUAGUGUGCCUACAGCAGACAGCGAGACAGUGCACUACCACUAUGGCCCAAAGGACCUAGUCACCAUCUUGUUCUACGUCUGCAUCACCAUCAUCUUGCAUGCUGUGGUUCAGGAGUACAUCUUAGACGUCAAACACAGCAAGUUCAAUGAAUCUGGACACCUGCUUGUCUUUCAUCUCAGCGCGGUGGCGUGGUGCUUCUACGUGAUUGUAACGGAAGGAUAUUUAACAAACCCAAGGAGCCUCUGGGAAGAUUACCCACAUGUGUACCUCUCCUUCCAGGUGAAGUUUUUCUACUUGGGUCAGCUGGCAUACUGGUUGCACUCGCUACCUGAACUCUACUUCCAGAAGGUACGGAAGGAAGAAAUCCCCCGCCAGCUGCAGUACAUUUGUCUGUACCUGCUUCACAUCACUGGGGCAUACCUCUUAAACCUGAGCCGCCUGGGGCUGGCCUUGCUACUGCUGCAGUACUCCACUGAGGCCCUCUUUCACAUGGCUCGGCUCUUCCACUUUGCAGACGAGAAUAACGAGAGGCUGUUUAAUGCCUGGGCUGCAGUGUUUGGAGUCACUCGUCUCUUCAUCCUCACCCUCGCUGUGCUGACCAUUGGCUUUGGAUUGGCUCGGGUGGAAAACCAAGUGUUUGACCCUGAGAAAGGGAACUUUAACACCUUGCCGUGCAGGCUCGGCAUGCUGCUGCUGGUAUGUGUCGCCCAGGCCUGGCUCAUGUGGCGCUUCAUCCACUCCCAGUUGCGGCACUGGCGGGAGUAUUGGAAGGAACAGGGUGCCAAGCGCAGAGUCUCUGCCGUCCCCAGGCUUCCAGCCAAGCUCCUCAAGAGAGAGCCUGGUUACCAUGAAAAUGGAGUGGUGAAGGCAGAGAACGGGACCUCCUCACGGACUAAGAAACUCAAGUCUCCCUAGCGCCACUGUGCUGAGAACAGGAAUCCCCUGGAUGAGGAAGCCCUGACCCCCAGCUCAGUCUCUCCACCCUCCUGCCCGUGCUCGUCUCCACCAGCAGCAGAAGCGUUGGCAUCACAGGGGGAGUCCUCUCUACCUUCUAGUCUUUCUCUUCUUUCAUAAACCAUUCUCAAUAAAGCCAAAAAUCUUAUACUCUUGCUCCCCUGAGCCGCCUCAUGGCCUCACCUCUGUCCUAUCUUGAGUUUUCUCAGA